UUGGUUAAAGGAAAAAACAAUGGGAUUUGGGACACCCGCCUCAAUGUAUUGUAUAAGGAGAAUUACAAUGAAGAACCCCCCGCUAAUCUUGUGUAUUACAUAGAGAACUGGCCCGAUAUAGUCAGGGUAGAGGCAUGUUCACUAACAGGUAGAAACAGACUUUACCCUGUGACUGAGGGACAAGACAAAGGGGACCACGGGGGUCCCACGACCCUCCCCAGACCAAUCAUAGCACAGGCUGGAGGGGACGCACCGCCUGUAAUAGAAUCUACUCAGCCAGCAGUCAGUCAAAAGAUCAAAGAGUUAAAAGUACCAACUGGAGAAAAUUUACCUAUUGGGGAGAAAGUGACUGUUUACAUGACCUACCUGGGAGAUGAUGGGAGUUUCUGUGUUCAGCAUGAAGACAGUGCCAUAUUUGAGAUUACAGAAAAAAUCGAUAUAGUGGCUAAUGGACCAGUUCCUGAUUUGGAGGAUUUAGAGCCGGGGAGAUUUAUUGCUGCGUUGUAUAACACAGGGACAGAGGAACUGUGGAGCAGGGCUGAAAUAAUCAGUAGGGAGGGGACAACAGUGGAUGUUGUGUUUAUUGACUACGGUAAUAGAGCCACAUGUAACCAGGAGGUCACCCGAUUUCUGACGGAGGAGCUCGCCCAGUACCCUGUACAAGUCACCUUCUGUUUCCUCUAUGGAGUAACCCCGUUAGAGGGUGAAGAGUCAUGGUCCAAAUCUUUUAAAGAGAGGUUUGCUGAGAUAGUAACAGAGCAGAAACUGACUGCCAUUACAAGAGAAAUUUUAAGUGAUGCCACUCACACUGUUGACCUCUUUCUUUCUGACGAUACGACGAGUAUUAACGACAAGCUAGUCUCCGAGGGCAUACUCAGAAAGAUAACGGAAGAGGAGCAGGCAGAAUCUCUCUGCGGAGAACCAGAGGAUCUGGAGUUACCUACAGACAAUAUGUGGGACGUGUAUGUGUCUUACAUCCUCACCGGUACCACCUCUGUCAUGAUACGACUGAUCGGGGAAAACCACUCAGACAAACUGGAGGAUCUAGAGAGGAGACUGGAGGACGCCUUCCACUCGGCGCCGGAGGAUGUAGAGAUAAAUGAGGGGCAGGUUUGUGUGGCGUAUUUAGACGAAUUGUUCCAUCGCGUCCGGGUCCUCAAGAAGGAGGAGAAAAAGUAUGAGUGUUACUAUUUGGACCAUGGUGAUGUGGAUGGAUUGAUUCCUGACCAACUACGACCCCUUGAUCCAAACAUUAACAAGAAUCUCCCCUACCAGGCCUUUGAGGUAUCAUUAAAUGGUCUAGAGGCCUAUGCAGGGAAUGUAAUUGUUCUAGAGAAAUUGUGUGAUAUGGCGCUAGGUAAAACUCUGGUGGCAGAGGUCACAGCAAGAGAUGGGAUUUUUUCUGUUGUAUUGUAUGACACAGAAGGCGACUCAGACAUAAAUAUUAAUCAAGAAAUCCUCAAAGCUGUGCAGUUGGAAGCGGAAACAUCUUUGCUAGCAGCCGCUGGAAGUAACCCUCAGUCUACAGAGUCAUCGCCCCUUCCUCAGCGUAGAAUCACUGAAUUAUCGACCCAGCCAAUCACAACCUCUGACUUAUCUACCCAGCCAAUCACAACCUCUGACUUAUCUACCCAGUCAAUCACAACCUCUGACUUAUCUACCCAGCCAAUCACAACCUCUGACUUAUCUACCCAGCCAAUCACAACCUCUGACUUAUCUACCCAGUCAAUCACAACCUCUGAUUUAUCUACCCAGCCAAUCACAAGCCCACAAUCCCUCUCUCCCACAAGACAACCACAGAACUCUGCAAAUAGUGAUGCUCAAUCAACAUCCGUACAAGUCCCCAAAGAGUCCCAGCCCACGAAGAAGAGUUCAAGAGAGGGAAAAGAAAGAGGAGGCACAGAGUCCUGGGAAUCGGAGAGUGGGGAGGGAUCCUGGGAAACAGAAGAAGAAGAGGUUGUAGAGGGAGCCGUGGCCAGGAAACCCAUGUCAGCUGGUGCCGUACCAAAACUCGCGUCAGCUGGUGCAGUACUGAAAUCCACGUCAGCUGGUGCCAUACCAAAGUCAGCUGGUGCCAUACUGAAAUCCACGCCAACUAAAACUUCACCAAAAAAAGAUGCUCACAAUGUUACAGAAAAAAGUGCAAACAGUAGCGUUACUUCACCAGUGAAAAAAUUGACAGAGGGAUUAUCUAGUCUUACUACACUAGAUUCUGUGAUAUCAGGCACUCCCCCGGGGGUGAGAGCAGAUGGUGUGCCCAAGGACCAGGGGGGACAAAAUAUAUACACAUGGAGGAGAAAUUCCUCGGAACUUUCUUGUGAGGCCUUGGAGGAUAUCAAUUCUUACAAUAAAAGACCAGUGCCAAAAACUUUCACAAUACCCCCUAAGGGGGAAUAUUGUGAUUUACAUAUUAUCAAUAUUUUUGACCCUACAAACUUUGUGUGCAUACCUUUCCAACACAUGGCUGAGUCGGAGAAAUUGCUGAAAGAAAUGAUGGAAUAUUUCAACUCCAAUCAAAGUCUAACUUUAAAGAAUUCGGACCUGAUGGAAGGACAGAUGUAUGCUGGAAAUAAAGAUGGUAUGUGGUACCGGGUAAUAAUCAAAAGCAAGAUCACGUCCAGAAACAUGGCCUCAGUAUAUCUUGUUGACUGGGGGGAGUUCACUCUCCUGAAUUUAGAGGAGAUAAAACCUCUACCUAUCUGCUUCACAAAGCUCCCACAACUAGCAUUCAAAGGAAAACUUUACGGAGUGAAGCCAGCCAAGGACUCGUACAUGUGGAGUGAAGCCGCCAAGUACAAGUUUAUCCAGAUGGCUCACGAUCGCAGCUUGGUGGCACUGAUUUGUGGGAGUGAGCAGGUGGGGGGACAAGAGGUGGUGUCCCUGAGACUGAUGGAUACCUCUGACCCAGAUAGGGAUGUCUGUCUGGACGAGGAACUGCUAGAGAUGGGGGUGGCCGAAAAAGUCAGAUAGGGAUGUCUGUCUGGAUGAGGAACUCCCUGAAGUAGGGGUGGCCAAAAAAGUCAGGUUUUCUUUAUGAUCUACGGAGUUGGUCCUUGAAUUGAGCUGUUCAAUUAUUAAAGUACAUAUUAAGCAUCUAUACAAUCAGCCAUAAACUUUGCAUUUUUACAUUCAAAUGACUUUUACACUGUGUGUAUGUUUAAAAUAUGUAUAGUCUAUCCAAAUUGCUUUAAAUUCAAUGAAAACCUGUCAAAUAGUGUUAAAACGCAGGACUUGAUGCAUUCUAGUGCCAUGUAUUUCAUAACAUCAUUUAUGUUUUAAAUUAAAGAAACAUUGAUCACAAGAAUGAUAAAUUUUAGGUUCACACACCACUUGUACUAAUGGUGUGUGUGUGUAUGUGUGCUGGAAGUUACAUUACCAUUACUUUAAUACUAUGUGCAGUGAAUGGUGAAUAUAUUUUGCCUUUUUAAACAUAACUUACUGGUUUAUCUCAGGCUUGUGAAGUGGAGUGUUUUAUUAAAGUGAAAACUGCUCCUGAAAUCAUAGCAGAUUAAAUAAUAAAUAUGUAGAUAUGUAUACAUACCUUGUAUAGCUUGAUGUUGAUAUAUAACAAAUGGAAAGUUGGCAACUACAUACAUAAUAUUAAUUCUCAUUAACAAUGCACAUGUAGUUGCUCAAAAAUUUGUUAUUUUAUGAUUUUCAUAUCGGACUUCAGCUUGCAUCAUUAAUGGCAUUUCUUUUGCAGUACUGUUAAAUAUUUGUUGAUGAAAUAAAAUGUU